AUGCAUAAAAUUCUUACUUUUUAUUAUGUUUUAAUAACUCUUUUCUUCUUUCAUAAUGAAGCAAAAAUUAUUGAAGGGAAUUUAAGCAUUUCCCCAGAAAAACAUGAAAAUAGAUAUAUUUCCUUGGAUAAAAACAACAUAAAUGAUUUCAUCAAAGUGAGGGAGAACAAAUAUCUUUUUAACGUUACGUGUAGAACUUCAAAAAUUUUAAAUAACAUAAAGGGUUUCUUCCUAACCAAGGUGAAUUCCACUCUAGAUGUGCUAGACAUGUUCCGAUCAGACAAUGUAAACCCCGAAAAUGUUGAAACAAUUGAAAAUAUAAUAGAAAGAACGUGGGAUAGAGAGAACAAGGAAUUUAUAAUUACAACAAAAAGGCUAAUUGAGCAGUACACAGAUAGCGACUUGUUCAUUUUACAAAUAGGAUUGAAUAGCAUUGCAUCAGUAAUACUUGACAAACCAGAAAAUGCAAUAUUUAUAGAAGAAAAUAUGGAAGUGUGUAAAAAUUUUUUUUUUCACAAAAAUAAUAGGUGUUUGUUACUUUUGAAAGGAAUUGAAUUUUAUUGUAACAAUUAUGAUGAAGCAGAGAAUAAGAAAAACAUAUAUGAAACCGUAGAUUUAAUAACAAAAAUAUAUCAAAAUAGAAACAACCAAGUGAUAGAUGUUCUCAUUAUAAGUCAUAAAUACCCAGUUGCAAUAUUAUAUUAUGUGUAUCCAUAUUUGGAUUCUUCUACUCUUGUCAUUUUAAUGGACAAUUUAAAUCAUAAAAUGAAAGAGGCCAUUUUUGAGUAUUACAAUUUUAUUGGUGAAGCAGAUUUUUCCAGAAGUUUUGAAAAGAAUUUUUUUAAAUCCUACGGGGAAGAAGUAUACAAUAAUGGUGAUACUAAUGAACAACAAUAUGGAGAUGAAGAGGUUAAUCAGAAAUAUCAAUACAACCAAGAUGUGUAUAUUUAUAGCAAAAUGAAACAAUCCCCCUUUUAUGUAAUCACUUUGAACCCCAAAAUAAUGAUGAACCCAGCUGAAAAUCGCUAUAAAUUUUUUAUUUCAAAGGAAUACACUUCUUCAUACGAAACUAAAAUUACAAAUAUGAUAAAAGACAUAGAAAAAAUAUUAAAAUUAAAUACAACUUUUUAUAAACAGCAUAAACUUGUAGUUACAAAUUAUUUUUCAGUUAUAAAUGAAUUUGAAUUUGAUAAUGAUAAGGAUGUGCAGGAAAAUGUAACAGGAAUUUUAACUUCUAUUCUUAAGUCAUUUGGAAGUACAGGAAACAUAAAUAAAAGGAAUUAUAACUACGCUUUAGAAAAUUUAAAAAAUAUAUUUGAAAUGAUGCUAUAUAAUGUGUAUAAUAAGUCCAAAUUUAAAAAAUUAUUUACACCCUUAAUCGAUUUUUUUAAAUUAUAUUUAAAUAAAAAUGACAACAAUUAUAUUAGCUAUGAGUUUCUACUUUACGGUUUGAUUAAAAAUUCAGACCACGUUGCUUCAUACGAACUAAAAGAAUUGCUAUUUCUAGAUGUGCUAAGAGAUGUUUCAAAAAAAGUGAAUCAGUUAUCCAUAGGUGAAGUUUUGCAAAUCGUUACAAAGUUAAAUAUAUUGCUAAAAAAACUUAGAUCAAGGGAGGAUAUUAGCCACGUCAAGGAAUAUGUCAAGAAACAAUUUAGUAUCGACUACAUUAAUUACGAGCUAUAG